AGAGACUUGCAACGUGGACGCAGGGACAGCAGACAGCGUAGGCUACACGCCGCUGGCGAUAGCCGCCCAGGGCGGGCACGUUUCCAUCGUACGGAUGCUACUCAAGCGGGGCGUGGCCUUCCUGGGGACAAACGCCUACCGCGACGCGAUCACGGGUGUUGCCAUGACGGGAAACAUUGAGAUGCUCCGAGAGCUUGUGUACGUCGAGGGAGGGGUCCAUCUCCUAGGCGCAAAGACCUCGCAGCUCAUGACGGCGCUACACUUCUCGGCCGGCUACUGCCAUGCCCGAGCCACGGCCUUGCUGCUCCACGCCGGCGCCGACGAGGGCGCGGUGGACAGGAACGGGGACACACCCCUCAACGUGGUCGACACCAAGCGGUCCCCCCAGGUGCGGCAUGGGGUCGGCCGCCGCCGCGUGAGGCGCAUGCUGCUGCAGGGGCCGGCGUACCGGGCCCUGUCUUGGAGGUGGCCCGCCUCCCCCGCGUUUGAGACGACUCCUGAUUCCGCCGCCGCGAUGGGCGGUGCUGCUCUCGCUCUUCCGGGGCUAGAUGCGGCGGAACCGGGAUCGGCGAAAAAUGCGGCGCAAUUGAUUCCCUACCCCGAGACGGAGAAGGAGUGGGUGGAUCGUGACGAGAGUUUCGACGAGGCGUUCGCGUCUGCGAUGGCCGGGUCGUGGAGGCUUAACCUUAACGUGGCGGUCUUUCGCCGAAGCCGGCCGCCCCCGCCGCCCUGUGGCAGCGAUAACGGGUCCUCUUCGGCGGAGCAGCGUGCGGCGCUCGUGUCGCGCUUUGAAAGAUAUACGUGCAAAGUCUAGACAGCGUGAUUGAAGACUUUCUUCACAAAUGGAUAUUAUCGCUGCACGUUAUUUUGCUGGCCUACAACAUUCAAGUGCAUGUUACGGGUAGACUGCUCCGCAUGCGCAUAACGUGCGUUGGGCGCAGCAGGCAGGCAGCGCAUAUGUUUCUUUUUAGCUGGGUGCAGGAACCCAGUGGACGGUGACAGCCUUCUUCACUUCGCUUCAUGCUAGUUCCUUCUUGUUGGUCUUGGUUUUGCGAGUGUGUUCGGGUACCGUAGUGUUUGGUUGAGCUGGAUUAAUCAAUUGGGCACAUGUGGGGACGGCUAAGAGUAACAUGGAAGUUGAAGGUACAGGAGGCCACGGGGGAAGGUAGAUAAGAUAAUAUUGUAGUGUUUGUGCGUGCUGUUUACUAGAUUGAACCGCCGCCUUUGUUUCAUGUUUGUUUUUCUUGACCACAGCAGGAUUUUUGAGGAUUAUUACGAAACGUUUUUUUCUCGAAAUCGUUCGAGAAUGCUUCGCUGUAAAUUCAGAGGUUCGUGUAGAAUUUUUGUGCGUCUUUGUUCGCUCGUUUCUCUCCCCCGCACCCCGUACCGUACAGCAUGGACCGGCGACAGCUUGGCAUAUCGUUCUCCGUUCCGGCAUUGUAGGGAUGCGAGGAGGUCAAUGAUAUUACGACUGCAGGUACGGCAUGCGUUUACAUGAGAACACCACCGGUUGUUACCUCUACUGCUCAUCUCAGCACACCGUUGCUCCAGGUUAUUCAUAGGCGUUUGCAUAUUAAUAUUCUUUGUCAGUCGAUCGGUAAAGGGGAUGAACACGUGAUGGUUUCAGAUGCCGUCUUCCUUCGGUUAUGAACAAUUUUGUACUGUUGUGACCCUGGAUUGAUGUAGUUGUACGAUAAAAUACACGGGAAGAGUGAAGUACUCUCCACUGAAAAGUGUAGUACACGUCUUACCACGAAAUUGGGGGGACUUCGUCACCAUCAGCAAUGGGAUGAUUCAAGAAAUAAAAAAAGGGCGCGGUCGGGGUGGCAGGUUUCCUCUUCAAAAUCCAUGAAACGCCGGCAUACAACUAACUGCUGUCGUUAAGAAAUAUUUUGUCGAGAAAUUGAGGCUCGCUUUUUCACGAAUAAGAAAAUAGGGUUUAGAAACAUAACUCAAUCUGCGUCACACAAUAAGAAAUGUCUCAAUAAG